ACCCGAUAGGAAGAGUGGUCUUUGGGCCCUUUCCACUCUUCCUAGUAGGGGUGGAGUUUCAUAAGGCGUGGGAAUUUACUUCCAGUGGAUAAUCAUAGAACUCUGUGAAGAGCAGGUCUUUCAGCCCCAAAGCAGAACCAGACUAAUAGCCAUGACAGUGGAAUCGAAACCACUCCGUGACCAGGCUUUUAGCCAGCGUCUUCUAAUACAGUAUCUAAUGCUGCUGAAAGCAUACCCUAUCUUAACAAAGUCCAUAACCAGUUCAGUUUUGUCUGCAUUGGGAAAUAUUUUAGCCCAGCUACUUGAGAACAGAAAAAAGGAUCCCAACUCUUCAACUGUUUUCAGACUAAGUGGUCCUGCUCGAUUUGCAGUUUUUGGGUUACUCUUCACAGGGCCAGUGAGCCAUUAUUUCUACCUGUAUCUUGAACAGCUUGUUCCAGCCACUGUACCCUUCUCCUUUGUCAAGAAGCUGCUUGUAGACCGCCUGCUGUUUGCACCUGCAUUUCUGCUUCUCUUCUUCCUCAUCAUGAAUAUCCUGGAGGGAAAAAACGUGAACGUGUUCUUACAUAAGAUGAAAUCUAGUUACUGGUCAGCUCUGAAAAUGAACUGGAAAGUUUGGACUCCACUUCAGUUUAUUAAUCUGAACUACGUACCCAUUCAGUUUCGAGUUUUGUUUGCUAAUUUGGUUUCACUGUUCUGGUAUGCCUACCUGGCCUCUGCAAGAAACUGACAACACCUGAGAUGAAAAUACAGCAAUGUGUGAAUUAUUCCUCCUAAGGAGAAUUUUCCAGGCACCUAAGAGUGAUUUGCCUUCUGUAACAUCUUGCGAGUGCAGUCGCCUUCUCAAGGGGAAGAUGCAAAGUGUGUGAUGGACUAAGAUAAAUUAAUUCUGUAGAAAAAAAAUUAACUUCAGAAAACUCAUGUUGACUGCUUUAGAAUCCAUGUCUUAAAUGUUUCUUUGUAAUUGUAUCAGGACCAUUAGGCACUAAUUUAUUUGCUAUGACAGCCUGAGAAACUGUCAUUCUUUAACCUUCUCUUUCUCGUAGCUUCUUAAGUAGAGAUCAUGGGAAAUGUACCCAGGUUUACUAGAUGUACUUAUUUGGUCUGUCAUUUUAAUGUCUAAAUUAUUGUCUGUGUUAACUAAAUGUUUAUCAGAAAAUAAGGACAUUUAAGAAACAUAAAAUGCAGGUCAGUGAAUUCUUGAAGUACAUGAGUUUUAGGAAGCAAUAUCUUAGAACUGAAAAAAAAAUGUAACUGCCUUCAUUAAUUUAUUUAACCAAUGAACUCAUCAUUUAAGCA